CAGUUGUCGGUAAGAGUUCUGGCAACUCAUUAUUGAGUUAAAAAAAAAAAACGACGUCGUGUGUUUACAGUGCCGCGCACUACCGUUAAUCUCGAGGAGUAAACGAGCCAUGCUGCCUGACAAAGAUGGUCCAGGUGUUGGAGGAGGACACAGCUCACCUGAAGGAGAGGACCCCUCUGUGAGUCUGCUCAGAAAAUACCUUCGUCUCAGAACUGUCCACCCUGAGCCUGACUACGAUGCUGCUCUCAGAUUCUUGGACCAAAUUGCAGAAGAGCUCGAGCUGCCAAUCAAAAAGAUUGAGGUUUGUCCGGGCAGAGUUGUGUCAAUCAUGACGUGGGAAGGAACAGAACCCACGUUAAAAUCCAUCUUACUGAAUUCCCACACAGACGUCGUACCUGUUUACCAGGAACAUUGGAAAUAUGAUGCUUUCAGUGCUUUUAAAGAUGCACAGGGCAACAUUUAUGCCCGAGGAUCACAGGACAUGAAAAGUGUAACUAUACAGUACAUUCAGGCGGUCCGAAGACUGAAGGCAGUAGGAUGGAAACCAGCACGUACUGUGCAUUUAAUGUAUGUCCCUGAUGAGGAAGUUGGAGGUCAUAAGGGAAUGGAAACGUUCGUGACCCAUCCAGAGUUUCAGAAACUAAACAUCGGCUUUGCUCUGGAUGAAGGUCUGGCUAAUCCUGGUGAGGCGUUCACUGUGUUUUAUGGAGAAAGGAAUCCCUGGUGGAUUACAAUCCACUGCCCAGGAAGUCCAGGUCACGGCUCCAGGUUUGUGGAAAAUACAGCUGCUGAGAAACUGCGGCACAUCAUAAACUCUUUUCUGGACUUUCGAGAGAAGGAAAAGCACCGGCUGAACACCAGUGAGUGUUUCACACUGGGUGAUGUCACCACAGUGAAUAUGACAAUGGUCAAAGGGGGCGUGGCCUACAACGUCAUCCCAGCUGAUAUGGACGUCAGCUUUGAUCUAAGAAUACCCCCAACAGUGAAUCUCCAGGAGUUUGAAGAACAGAUCAAGCAGUGGUGUCAGGAAGCAGGAGAAGGUGUCACUUAUCAGUUUGCUCAGAAACACAUGAACCAGAAUGUCACAUCAACAGAUGUGAACGAUCCCUGGUGGAGCGCCUUUAGCGCCGCCUGCAAGUCGCUGAACAUGACUUUGGUGAAGGAGAUAUUUCCUGCUGCUACCGACAGUCGUUUCAUCCGAGCGCUGGGUAUCCCUGCCAUCGGAUUUUCCCCCAUGAACCGGACUCCGAUUCUGCUGCACGAUCACAACGAGUAUCUGAAUGAGCAAGUCUUCCUGAAAGGCGUCGGCGUGUACGAGAGGCUCAUCCCAGCUUUAACUAAUGUUCCUGCCUUACCCGGAGAGGCUUAGAUGAGCUUAAUUCUCACAGAACUAUAUUUUGCUGAAGACAUGAAUAUUUAAUUUGAGGAGUUUGCUGGGAUUAC